UGCAAUUUUCCCCCGUUGUCAAAACUGUCACCCAACUGUCAAAUUGCGGUGACCGGUGGACUCGCAUUUUCAAUUGAAAUUCGCAAUUUGGGUUUUCUUUCGAUGAAAACAAACUAUACCAUUAUUUAAUCUCAUAUUUGUAACUGAAAAGUGUUGUAUGCUUGAGAUAAAUAGUUGAAAUUAUAUCGUUUCAAAUCUGGAUGAGAAUACAAUGAUUGCCGCCUCGGAACCAUUGGAGUUUGUGCCUCACGGUAGAACUGUGAUAGCCAAGCAUCCUGGUCAGAUUUACGGGAAGGGGCAGAACAUCUCAGCGUCGGAGAAUUCGCUGCUUUAUAAGUUGACGAACUUUGCGAUCAAAGAUGAGAGCUUGUUGGAGGCGAAGGAAGCAGACGAACACGAGUGGUGGUGUAUUAGAGAGGUUUACUACAGGAACUCUGGUGAAAUUGAAGACGACCUAACACAAGCUCAAAAGGAUCUGAAAAAUGAUUACAACUCAGAAUCGUUUAGACCGCCAAGCCGUCUCAAAAAUGACUUUAACAUCUCCAUCAAGUCAGAACUGCUGGGUGGUGUCAAAAAGAUGGAUACAGAGUGCGUCAACUCGGCUGGUCCGUCCAGAGCUGGCAGCGCUAACAGUUCCAGUAAUAUGUCCAAAAAGUUCCAUCUAAACAACGGACUUAGUAAAAGCCCUAAGAAGAGACCUUUGAAUCCCAAAACUGAUAGUUCUUAUGAAGAGGAACUGUAUGUAAAGGGCUGCACUGCUGUUUGGUCUAAAGGUUUAAUUUCAACUCCAGCUACUAAGGUCUCUGCUCCUGAAUAUAGAGAAACAAUUUGCUGUUACACUCUUGAAAAUCCCAUCAAACAUGCUGCCUUCUGUAACUUCCACAUAAACAUCAACAACACUAUGCUCAUUGACGCCUUGAAUUCACAAAUAGCAGAUGAAAAGAAAAACAUCAAAAUUGAGGACACCACAGAACAUAUUCCUACCAAAGUGAUGCCUGCUAUUUUACUCAUGGACAACAAAUGCAUGCAAGUUUUUGCAACAGACGGUCGAGAGUACAUAAACAAUGUACCGUUUCAAGUCAAAAAAGUGUGGCCUAUAAAAUAUGGUGUUCUUUUAGAGAAGCAAGCUUCACCAAUGUCACAUAACUCAAUAUUACCGUCAUCAUUCUUGAAAUUAAAUGAGUCACAUAACAGUACUCUCUCCAGAACGAAAACGAAUUAUCCUUUUAAUAUGAGCGCGAGGUUACGUGCUGAAUCCGUAUCUGGGUAUGACCUGGAUGUGCCUUUACCUACAUGCUUCUCGCUGUCCCAUCCUUUGGAUGAAGUCACUCCUAUUUUGAUGAAAUCUCCUUCUGUUGGAUUGCAGUAUUACAAUGAUGGGGAUCUCCAAAUUGUUUUCGUCAGUGUCAACCCCAGUAUUAUCCUGUUAUACGAUUGGAAAUUGGCUAUCCAUUCACUGUGGAAGAUUCGUAAGGCGUUACGAGAUGAAUGCCUAACAAUGUGCCCCAACAUAAAUUCUACGACAACUUUGUUCAGUCAGUCGUGCGACUACCUGAAUAGUCCUAUGAAUACUCAUAGUAAUAUUGGCAAGAAUGCAACCAGUUGGGCUACUGGUUUAGGUAGUCCGUAUCAGUCUAAGAAAGGGCCAAGUACGCCAACGUUUUCUAGAUCGAGGCAGAACAGUCCGAUGGCGAAUAUUUUCCAUCAGCAAGGGUUGUCGCCUCACGCGUCUAUAGGCCAAGCAUCGUGUACUUCGAUGAUGGCUAACACUAUGAUGCAGACGCCACCCUCACUGCCUUUGUACCCAGAUAUUUGCUUGGAACAUAUCUGGACAGAUACCCAGCAAUUACGUCGCGACAGAAUCGACAACCCUGCCGAUAUGAAAACGUUCCUACACACUGAUUUGGUUGGUCACGAGUACUUAUGCUUUAUUGUGAAGACAAGCAGCGUAAGCAGACUUCAAAUUAUACGAUUGCAGAAGUCACAUUCUCAUGGACAGCCGUCGAAAAGUAAUCUGAUCGUGGGCGCGGUUUCUUCAGUUUUGGCUAAAGAUGCAGUUGUUUUGGAUCAUUUGAACAUGAUAGCUCUGAUUGAUGAAUCUGGAAACAUUAUUCUGCAGUCUGGCAAUAGUAUGGUAGGCAAGGUGCAUGUUGGAGGAGUGUUAGCGCGUCUGAUCGACUCUCCAUACACAAAGCCGACGUUCCAAUCCCCGUUUCCUCGCCGCAGCAGUCUGUUACCGAGCCGUUGCAACGACGCGUCGGCUUUCGACGACUCUGCGUUGCAUCUACUGUCGCCGGUGCCGCAUAGUAGCGCUUCCAGGCUGGAGCAGAAGGAAUCUUUAGGUCUUAGCGGUCUAUGUGACGCGGCCGGCUCGCGUAUGACCCUGCAAUUUGACUCCGGAGUCAUGUACCGCAUUUCGCUGCCCACCAUAUCGUGUUCGGACCUCGUCACCAGGUGUUGUGCUGCUUUGAAGGCGAUACUGCCUAAGGAUAUUACUAUGCAGGUCAUAAUAAGAUGGUACGGCUCUCGCAACGCUCCCGGCACGCAAGACUUAACCCCAGAGCAAGAAUGGUCCAUGUUUUCAAACCUGCUCUUCUUCCUAAUGGGCUACGACGUCGAAAAACUAUCGCAAUCCAAACAGUCCGAAGAAACUGAACACACUGAAGUGGCCACCAAGAAACAGAGAACAUCAAGUGACGGGUCUCACGAAGAUUGGGAGUAUUUACUAAAUUCUAAACUACACAAAACCAUUGGAAAUUCUUUAGCGAGCAUGCUUCAUAUACAAGCGACGCCCAGCUCAGAUUCCAAAACGGCUAGAAUAAACCGACUAAGAAACAGCAUUGAAAUGGAAAAACCUUCGCAAUUCAACACAAACGCGUUACUAUUCCCGUAUACAAUACAAGUGCUGUACGCUUUCCAUUUGGUGUACGAAGAGACGAAAUUAAACACUAUUCUUUGGACAGACCUCAGGCCACUUUCAGGCUUUUUGUAUCAGAUAUCCAAAGACUUGAAAUUGGAAUGCUACGUGAAUCACUACUGGCUGGAUUUUCCAACAGAUUAUGAUUUGGAUAUCGAAGAAUCUAACUCUCAAGUAUCAGAAGCAACGUUGCAGAAGCUGAUUCAGCCGACUUACUUCACGAAUGAACCGCCGCACAUAUUGAACUACCUAAACUGUAUGCUGCAAGACAAAGACGCUGGAUAUUACCCGUACUUGACAGAUGUGAAUAAUAUGUCCAGGGAUCUUAUUGAGAUUCUCACUAUAGUAGGCGUGGGUCGCUGCGCAGGAGUCCAGACCGUCACGCGACGCGACAGCAUGGCCGCCAGCACGCCGCGCGGCCGCCGCGACUGUGCGCAGUACGCCUCGCCCUACUGCCAGGCCGUGGGCACCGCGUGCGAGAGAGGUAUAACUCCCCGUGACGUAGACAACCUGCCCCCAGCUAUCGGUCUUCUAGUGCUCACGAUAUUCAGCCGCUGCAAGAGCGAGCCUCCUGUAGACUGGCCGGUGGAGGCCUAUAACCUCAUCAUGAGGGAAGACCUGGCUUUGCAGGCGGAGAUCGCUGAGAAAAUCAAGUCUACGUCCGAGUAUUUGGAGACCUUGGCGUUAGAAGUGCUAGAGAAAGAGACUGCCUAUUCGCUGAACUCGACUCCCCACUGCCAAACGGAUUCCUCGCAGUCGAAGAACGACGACAACGACACCAGCACGGGAAUGGAGCAUCUCAACAGUAAACUGCUAGGGCUGCUGUAUCCACGAGAUCACAGGAUGACAGAGGUGUUCAACCUUCUGCAGUCGUCGAUCCCCGUGACGAUCAACCUGACUCAAAGGCCGGAGGUGUCCGACCACGACUUUAUCGAAGAGCAGGAGAAGCAUCUCUUCGCUAUCAGCACGAGAACUAUGGCGUUACCAAUAGCAAGAGGGAUGCUAACCCUCCGAAGUCUCCCAUGCGCGCCAACUGAGCCUUUAACCCUGCCGAAGCUAUGCGUCACGGGGCGAGGCCCGCCACCUCGCUGCAACACCAUCAAUUUGGGCUCAGCCGACGCGUCGCCGCAGUGCCUGCUGUGGCCGACCUUCCACAACGGCGUGGCGGCGGGGCUGGCGCUCGUCCCCAUGACCGGCUCCAGCAUCGAUUCUAGCUGGGUGAUUUAUAAUAAGCCUAGGGGAACCCAAGAAAUGUCAACAGAGCACGCCGGCUUCCUCAUGGCUCUAGGUCUCAACGGCCACUUGCGAGAUAUGCCCUUCAUGAACAUGUAUGAAUACUUAGUCAAGUGCCACGAGAUGAUCAGUGUGGGGUUGCUGUUAGGGCUCGCCGCUACUUAUAGAGGAACAAUGGAUGUCCAGGCUACUAAAAUGAUGAGCAUACACUUAGAACCGCUCCUACCCCCCACAUCUAUAGAACUGGACAUCCAACAGAACAUCCUGGUGGCCGCUUUGCUUGGCGUUGGCCUGAUAUACCAGGACACUGGCCAUAUACAUUACGCGCAAGUGUUGUUGAAUGAAAUCGGUAAGCCCCCAGGGCCUGAGAUGGAAAACUGCGUAGAACGUGAAGGCUACGCUUUAGCCGCAGGACUAGCAUUGGGAUUCGUGUGCGUACGCGCAGGUUCCAACGCGCCCGAUCACAUUGCGCAGAGACUUCGCACUUAUAUGCUGGGAGGAGACAAACACCCGCUCACUGGUGCCCAAAGAGAAAAAUACAAGCAGGGCUCGUUCGCAAUCCGCGAGGGGCAAACUGUAAAUCUUGACGUGACGUCUCCAGGGGCUACGGUCGCCCUCGGGCUCAUGUAUCUGCGGUCCAACAACGCGGCGCUGGCCGGUUGGCUGCGGGCGCCCGCCACCGCCUACCAGCUCGACUACGUGCGGCCCGACCUGCUCAUGCUGCGGAUCAUAGCGCGAGGGUUAGUACUGUGGGACAGUAUCGAAGCGACGGAGGAAUGGAUAGAAGAACAAGUGCCCGCUUCAAUAAAGCCGUACUGUUUCGUGAAGCCGACUGAGGACCACAUCGAUUAUGAAGCCAUGAACCAAGCGUAUUGCAACAUAAUAGCGGGCGCGUGUUUCGCAGUCGGCCUGCGUUUCGCCGGCUCCGGCGAUGAGGACGCGAGAGACGCUGUGAUGCAUUUCGUCAGAUUAUUCCUGGCUUUAGGUGCCAAGAGCGUCGCGGAGUUAGCUGGGAGGUCUACGCUGGAAGCCUGUCUUUGUGUGUGCCUGCUAGCUGCUGGCAUGAUAAUGGCGGGGCGAGGCGACAUCCAAGUGUUGCGUGUGUGUCGUCGUAUGCGGGCGCGCGUGCCGUCCGCAGCCGCGUCACCCGCCACGCCGGCCACGCCCACUCUCACGCAUGGCGGACAGAUGGCGGUACACUGCACCAUCGGUCUCCUGUUCCUGGGAGGAGGCCGGGCCACAUUGAGCACGACCCCCACGGCGAUAGCUGCAUUACUGGCUGCUUUCUUCCCCAAGUUCCCCACUCAUAGCGAAGAUAACAGGUAUCACUUGCAGGCGUUCAGACAUUUGUAUGUGUUGGCCGUGGAACCUCGACUGAUACUGCCGCGGGAUAUAAGCAACGGGAAGAUUUGUUACGCGCACGUACAGCUGGUAGACUUGAGCGGUGUUGUCAAAGAAGUGCAAGCCCCUUGUAUAUUGCCCGAGUUGGAUACGCUGAAAGAAGUUAAAAUCAACGACCCCCGAUAUUGGCCAAUCACAUUCCAGAGGGAUCGCAAUUGGGACCAAUUGAAGACUUUCUUAGAAUACACAUGGUGUAUAGACAUAAAACAACGCGCUGGCUGCCUAUCUUAUCUGGACGACCCGCACGGAUUCCUAACAAUAUUGGCCCAAACAUUGACCUUGGACAAGGCCAACAUUUGGUCGGCCACCGCAGACAAUAUUGAACUCUUUACCAACGACGACCAAGUCCGAAAUUUCGUUAAACAUUACUUGUACAAAGACCACACUUUUGGCACAAACAUUUGUGCGGAUUGUCUUCUAGUAUCGAAGAAAAGAAAGGGUGUCAAGAACGAACCGUAUAUGACGAAGCAAUGUAUGUGUAGGAAAUAUAGUAAAGAGGAGCAAGAUCACGUACAAGGCUUGAGUAUGGUGACAUAUGAGUGUGUCGUCAAGGAUAUAUUGUGCGCGUUGCCUAUUUGGACGACUUUCUUGAAGAUAAUAAAAACCAUGAAAACCGAACCGUCAACCUACCACAUGUGGCAAAUCAAGUUGCUACUAUCACAAAUCGACAACUACAACAAACGAACCAUGGACGAGAUGAAAAUAGACGGCCAAGACGUCCAAAACGAGCCUCUCAUAUCCACAGAAUUCACUCUCGCAAUAAAACAAAGAGUGGGCAACGUUUUCGACGGAUGGGAGAUCAAAAUAAUACCCUACUUGAGAAAAUACUUAGGUCUACCCAGCAGUAGAAAAAUCAGUUCAUGCGAGGAAGACAUGAAGAAGAUUUUGAGUUCAUAUCUAGUGUACCACGAUCUCCCUAGAGGUGUUUUGAGGAAUGUGAUGAGCGAUAAUGAGUUGGGGGUUAUCAUGGAUCUGGAGAAUAUGAGUUUGAGCAUCGAGGCGUUAAGCAAAAUUGAACUUUUGCUUAGAUGAUUAAGGUCUUUGUCGUGCGGGUACGUUACCCGCUCGCGCUGUCGCGGGGACUGUGUUCACGACUGGUGUUAAACAAGACUUUAAGUGCUAUAACAUAGCUGUUUUGUGUGAAAGACAUUGCAUUAGGCAAAUAUUUGUGUCUUGUGUUGCUGUUUGUGUUCUUAAAGUUCAAUUUGGUUGAAAAUCACAGGUUAAUAUGGUGCAAUUUAGGAAAACUUGGCUACUUUCUGUCGCAGUUUGCUUUGUGAAAGGUAGUCGCUCCAAUGAUUGCUCCAAAUUGAACCAUAUAGCAUCUUAAUAGUUCAGUGCGUUAAUUUGUUUUUGAUUUUAGUAGCUACUUAUUUAAAAUUGUGGUAAACAACUGCUAUGUAAAUGAGAUUACUUAAUUAGUGUAAGUUUAAGAUUUUCUGUACAACUAAACGCACAUUUACGCUAAGCUUUACAUUGGUCAAUGUAUGUAAUAUAUUUAAUUUUGAUAUUUUGUUAGGAAGACUGAUAUUCAUAAGCGUGUUGUUUAUGCAUAAUAAAACGCUCGAAAUUGUGAUCUUACAUUGGCUAGACAAAAUUAAAUUGUUAUAGUUAAGGCUUAAUAGGCUAGUUUCCUAAAAAAAUUUUUUUAGUCCGUCAUUUAAUAUCAAA